AAUUGAUAAAAUGUCGAGAAUAUGUGGAAAAAUGGCUACAGAAUUAGGUCUGCAUUUUCUGAAUGGAAUUGGAUUCUGGAACGCUUUUUGUUUGGAUAACAAAGAAACAGCUUUAAAAAAGAUGAAAGAUAACGAACUCGAUUUCAGUCCUGAAACUACAGAGGACGAAUUUGUGACUCUCUUUGAAGAAAUUUCAGUCAGUUAUGGAUCAAACAAAUAUCUGUGCUUAAGUAACUAUAAAAGUUUAUGUCAGAAUCCAGGGGAUUUCUUUCAUGAUUUUCCAGAAAAUUCUGCUAAUCUGUCUACAAGAUGCAAAGCUCAUAUAAAGUACAAAGAGUGUUUAAUUGAUUACGAAGAAAAAUGCGGGGAGGAAAUAUGGGGAUUGUAUCCCCAUGAAGAUUUAGAAGCUCUGACUACAUUUUGUGACGAAAAUUCCGUUUUGUUCCAUACAUUAUCAGAUAAAGGGAAAUGUUUCAAUAAAUUUUAUCAGAAUUAUGAAAAAGGUGCUAAAGACAGAGUUUUCAAUUGUUUUGAUGAAAUAAAAAAUAAAGAGAUGUAUGAACUGGAAUACAAUCAACGAUAUCCGGAAGAUUAUAAUGUUAGGUCCUGUUUUUAUGAUCUCCAGUUGGCGAAGUGCCUAACUGACGUAAUAUCAGAAGACUGUGGAGAAACAGCAAAAGAAUUAACGUCGCAAGCCUUAAAAAUCAACAAAUUUAAGCACACAUUGUGCAGAGAUUUGCCAAAAGAAGCUGCUUUCUUUAUGAAUGAAUUAGAUUUCAGUUAGGAAACAGAAUGUUCACUUGAGAAUUUCAUUAAAAGUCUUUAGAACGAAACCUAAAUAGUUUAAGAUGGAAAAAAUUCCUUAACAUCAAAUUAAU